AUGCCCACGAAUGGCAUGACAGUUUGUGCCUUCUGGGAAAUGGCUCACCUACCAAUCAUCCACCUAACCGCCAGCAUCGUGCUGCUUCUCUUGAGCAGUGGCCCUUCUCGCGCUCAACAUGACUGUCCGCCAGCACCGGACUGUGCGCCCUCCGACCAAUCAUCGCGUUUCCGUACCAUCGAUGGGACCUGCAACAACUUGAACGAACCGCUACAAGGCGCUGCGAUGCGUCCAUACCGGCGUCUGGUUGAUGCGAAGUACGCCGACGGUCUAUGGCAACCGGCGCUAGCGGGUUCCGGUUCUCCGAUGCCGAAUGCCCGCCAGCUAUCGAUGGCAAUGUUUGGCGAAACGGAAAUGCAACAUCCGCGCCACACGAUGGUCAGCAUGCAGUUCGGUCAGCUGAUGGCGCACGAUGUGAGCUUCACUGCCGAUGCCUUCGGUAUGCAGUGUUGUGCUGAUGGUAAGAUGGUACCGGCGGAUCAGGCACGAUCACCUCGCUGUCUACCGAUCGAGGUUGCUCGCGAUGAUCCGGUAAUGGCGGAAGAGGGCAUCGAGUGUUUGAAUAUGGUACGCACAAAGACAACUCUAGAGGAUCCUUGUCAGGGCCGCGCUGGACCGGCGGAACAGCUUUCUUCGGUUACGUCCUAUCUGGACCUUUCCGUUGUCUACGGUAACUCGCUGGAGGAGUCCCAUGAGCUACGUACGUUCGAAGGUGGACUGAUGCGUGUAGAGCACAGAUACGGCAGGGAUUGGCCACCGUAUUUCCCCAACCGGACACAACUGUGCGAUGUGAAGGACGAGAAGGAGGCCUGUUACUUGACGGGUGAUCGGCGAGCGAACCAAAGCCCUCACCUUGCGCUGCUGCAGAUCGCGUUCCUUCUCGAACACAAUCGGUUGGCCCGGGAGUUGGCGAUCCUCAAUCCGCGCUGGGAUGAUGAGAGGACGUUCCAGGAAGCGCGCCAAAUCAAUAUCGGUCAGUAUCAGGCAAUCGUUUACUACGAGUGGUUACCGAUCUACCUGGGACGUCAGAAUCUGGUGGCGUACGGUGUGUUGCCGGAGGUUGGAAGUCAACCGGACUUCAUAGACGACUACGAUCCGAGUGCCGAUGCGACCGUUAGUAACGCCUUCGGUAAUGCGGCUCUUCGCUUCUUUCACAAUCUGAUCGCCGGUCAUCUGGACCUCGUAGAGGAGUCUCUGCAACCUACCGGUUCGAUUCGGCUCUCGGACUGGUUGGAUCGACCGUCGGUGCUGGAGUUGGAUGGGAACUACGAGAAGUUGUCGCGCGGUAUGAUCAACCAGCCACACGAUCGUCCCAACUUCCAUCUGACGCCCGAGGUGAAGCACUUUCUCUUUCGCUCCGGUGCCCCCGUCGGUACCGAUCUGAAGGCGAUCGAUAUCCAGCGGGCCCGGGACCAUGGGCUGGCCAGUUACAAUGCCUAUCGGCAGUUCUGUGGCCUAAAGGCGGUACGGCGUUGGGAUGAGUUCGAGGAGCUACUGAGACCAAUCUCGGCCGCUGCCAUUCCGGCACAGUACGAGUCAGUGGAAGAUGUAGAGCUGGCGGUGGCUGGACCGCUCGAGCGUCACCAUCGUGACGGUAUGCCGGGUGAGACGUUCACCUGUAUUCUGUUGGAGCAGCUGCGGCGAUCGCGAGUCGGUGAUCGGUUCUUCUUCGAGAAUGGCCAAACGGGGUUGAGUCGGCGGCAGGUUCAUGAGUUACGUAAGGCCAGUAUGGCGCGUAUUCUGUGCGAUAACACGGUCGGGCUUGAGAGGAUGCAGCGGAGGGCAUUCUUCCUGGUUAGCGAGGAUAAUCCUGUCGUACCGUGCGAACAGUUGCCGGUGGUGGAGUUGAUGCGUUGGCGUACGGUAGAACCAUAAUACGAACCUAA